CGCUCGCAGCCGGAGCCAGUGGCGCCCGCCGAGUUUGACCUUGGAUCGGGAUCGCUCGGUUCGCACGGCCGCACCCGGAAGCGCCGACUUCGAGCCUCUUCUCCGCCUUCAAGCGAACGGCGCUACAGAACGCGCGGCCCCCGCCUCCCGCGCUCCCCCAUGCACCUGCCCGGCUGCGGCCCCGCCAUGGCCGACGCCAGCUUCUCGCUCGCCGGCCACCUGCUCCGCAGCCCUGGCGGCAGCACCUCGCGGCUGCACAGCAUCGAAGCCAUCCUGGGAUUUACCAAGGACGAGGGGAUCCUCGGCUCCUUCCCGGUGGACGCAGGCGCCCAAAACGCAAAGGAGCGGGAAAGGACGCCCGGCGCGCGGGCCGCCUGCACCAAGGCGCCGGGGGGAGGAGCUGAGCCCUCCCAGCAGCCCGCCCCGGCUCCGGCUCCCGAGUACGAAGCCCCUCGUCCCUACUGCCCUAAGGAGCCCGGGGAGGCGCGACCGAGCCCCGGGAUGACUGCCGGGCCCGCCGCUGGCGACGCGAAGUUAUCCGAGGAGGAGCAGCCCAAGAAGAAGCACCGACGGAACCGCACCACCUUCACCACGUACCAGCUGCACGAGCUGGAGCGCGCGUUCGAGAAGUCCCACUACCCUGACGUCUACAGCCGCGAGGAGCUGGCGGGCAAGGUCAACUUACCCGAAGUCCGGGUCCAGGUAAAGCGCCCAGAUCAGUCCCCGGGAGGGCCCGAGGCCAGUUGCAGCCAAUGCUCCCUUGAAUCCCCCGGCGUCCACGCAUCUGUGAUGGCGCUUUUCCUGUUGGCCUUCCUCGCUUUGCUUGGCCCAGAGCCCCGAAGGCACGUUACAGAUCUUCCAUGUACCCCACGCACUACCCUUCUCACAUUCUGUUCCAGGCCAGCACAGCACCCAGCAUAUAACCAGUUCUUAACACACAGCUGUGAUGUGGUGUGGUUCCAGAACCGACGGGCCAAGUGGCGGCGGCAGGAGAAGCUCGAGGUGUCGUCCAUGAAGUUGCAGGACUCGCCCCUCCUCUCGUUCAGCCGCUCCCCGCCCUCCGCGGCUCUGCUCGCGCCGCCGCCGCCCGCCUACCCGUGCGGGCCGGGCUUCGGGGACAAGUUCCCGCUGGAUGAGGCGGACCCGCGGAACAGCAGCAUCGCGGCGCUGCGCCUGAAGGCCAAGGAGCACAUCCAGGCCAUCGGGAAGCCGUGGCAGACCCUCUAGGGGCACCGGGGACCAAAUCGAGCCAGACGACCCUUCCGGGAGCGGACCCCGAGCCACACGCGCGCGUCCCUUCUCCCCGGGUCCCCCCACUCGGCCACUUCUUCCCUGUGCCUCCUGAAGCUACAGCCAGGCUUGGGUGUUGGACACGCGUCUGUCUACUCCUGACUCACCGGGGAAGACUGACCCUCAUGCCCGCCAAAACCCCCUGGCCUCCCGCAGCCCCCACGGAUCCCCACCCCUGCUGCCGGAGGUGGAGAGGUGGCCCAGCGCCACUGGCCACGCUGCUCCUGCCCCCGCGGGCGCCGGAGCCUCCAGGUUCUAGGGACCCAAAGCUCUUGACUUCAGAUAGCGACAACUGAGAGUGAAGGGAGGCGGAGAAAUAGUUUGAAGGACUGUUUGUAUACCUAGUUUCAAAGUAUUUGG